UGGCUGAGCGGUCAUAUGACAGCUGCUUUUAUCCCUCUUCCCUUCCCCACUGGAAAAACGCCACAUCUGACAGGGAGGGAGACGGAACAGGUACAACCAUCAGGGGAGCGCUGACCACCGACCUCAAGAUGCUGGCACUAAUAAACCGGCUUUUGGACUGGAUCAAGUCUCUGUUUUGGAAGGAGGAGAUGGAGUUGACGCUGGUCGGCCUGCAGUACUCGGGGAAAACAACAUUUGUAAACGUGAUCGCUUCUGGGCAUUUCAGUGAAGAUAUGAUUCCUACAGUCGGGUUCAACAUGAGGAAGGUCACUAAAGGAAAUGUCACGAUCAAGAUCUGGGAUAUAGGAGGGCAGCCGAGGUUCAGGAGCAUGUGGGAGCGGUACUGUCGGGGAGUUAAUGCAAUCGUGUACAUGGUUGACGCAGCAGAUCGAGAAAAGGUGGAGGCAUCGAGAAAUGAGCUUCAUAAUUUAUUAGACAAACCUCAGUUGCAAGGAAUUCCCGUUUUGGUACUGGGUAACAAAAGGGAUCUCCCCACUGCACUAGAUGAGAAGCAGCUCAUUGAGAAAAUGAAUCUGUCAGCUAUACAGGACAGGGAGAUAUGCUGUUACUCUAUUUCCUGCAAAGAGAAAGACAACAUUGAUAUCACACUUCAGUGGCUCAUCCAGCACUCAAAGUCACGCAGGAGCUGAAAAAACCCAAGUUGUUUUCCAGCUGUUAUUGCCCUGUUACCGUCAUGUCACACCCUCAUCACUCUGCAAUGAUGUACAGUCGUAUCCUCACCUGCAGUUCACCGUGCUGCACUGUUUUGCUUGUGUGACUUUUUUUUUUUGGCAUUUUACUUUUUUUUAAAUUCUUAAACAAAUCCCAACAAUGCACUACAACAAUUCUGGUACCGAACUUUAAGAAAGAAAUUGGCGUUAUACAUCUUGUAAAGCUGUACUUUAAUUAGGAGUGAGAAACUAUUUUUAAGCUACCUUUUUGUGUCUUCAGGCAUUACACAGUUGAUGCUGCCAGGUAGCUUGUUACCCUUGUUGCUGUAACAUCACCUUCUUCUAGGAGGGUUUAUUCAGUUCAACAGAUCUCACAGUAUGAUGAGGUUCUUCAGACAGUCAGAUAUGAUGCUUAGAAACGGCUGAUGUGAACACGCAGGUUUUCCUCUUUCUGCCUAGCUCGGCUCUGUGAUCAUCUUGACUGUCAGCCUUCCCUUGAUCAGGUUUUCUCCUUUCAAAGACGUGCCAGUUGUUUUAGAAAAUGCGCAUUUAAGCAAGUCAGUUGAUGCAGGUCUGUAAAAAAUAUCAAGCUAGUAUGAUUUUUACUGAUAUGGGAUGUGUGUGUAUGAAUAUAUGAUUCUAUUUAAAGUUCUGAAUGUACUAAAAGCAACACUGUAUGGGGUUGUGUGGUUCAUAUUGGCCUCUAUUUGUAAUUAGCCUCAGUGGAACAAUGUCCUUUUGUGCUGCCUUAAAGCUGAGAGAGAGGCAGGAUUUAAAGUGCCUUGCGCAGUGUCUCUUCUCUGAAGCAAAGCAGCAUGCAAGGUGUGCCUACAGUAACAUCAUAAAAACACCACUUCAAUGUAUUCUAGAAUAAAAAAGGCAUGCUUUUUAAUUUUAA